AUGGCUGAGCCUUCCGCCACUAAGCUCAACCCUGCCGACGAGCAGGCUGCCGGCACCCAGCCGCAGCUCGCAAAGGAGGAGACCGAGAAGCUCACCACGGGUGUGACGGAGUCCAAGGACGAGAAGCCCAAGGAGGAGGCCGGCACCGUCACUGAGAGCGUCACCAACGCUGCGUCUGCCGCCACUUCUGCCGUCAAGGACAACGUCUUUUCCAUGUUCGGCGGAGGCCCCAAGAAGGAGAAGAAGGAGGAGGAGGAGGUCACGAAUGAACCCUCUGGCUCUUCCAAAGCGAAGACUGGCGAGGAGGACGAGUCGCCCGAGAACCACGAGCCUGAUGUCGAAUUCAAGCCUGUCGUUCACCUGACGGAGAAGGUCGAGACCAAGACCAACGAGGAACUCGAGGAGCAGACUUUCAAGAUGCGCGCUAAGCUCUUCAAGUUCGACCGCGAGUCGAGGGAAUGGAAGGAGCGCGGCACUGGCGACGUCAGGCUGCUCAAGCACAAGGAGAACGGCAAGACCCGUCUGGUUAUGCGCCGCGACAAGACCCUCAAGGUCUGCGCCAACCACUAUGUUGUCCCCGACAUGAAGCUUUCCCCCAACGUUGGCAGCGACCGCAGCUGGGUCUGGAACGCGGCGGCUGAUGUUUCUGAGGGCGAGCCCGAGGCUCAGACCCUUGCCAUCCGUUUCGCCAACAGCGAGAAUGCCAACCUCUUCAAGGAGUCUUUCAUCAAGGCCCAGCAGGAGAACGAGGCUCUGUUCAAGAACGAAGACAAGCCUGCCGUGAUGGAAGGCUUCCCCAUGCGCGCCUGGAGCAUUGAAAUCUGGAUGCUCAACGAGAAUGGCGAGGAGGUGCCUGCGAACAUCUUCGAGAAGGCGACGUACCGCCUGCACCCGUCGUUCGAGAAGAGGGCCAUUCAGACCAUGAAGAAGCCACCCUUCCGCAUCGAGGAGGAAGGCUGGGGUGAAUUCGAGAUGCAAAUCACCCUUACCAGUAUCGGCAAGGGAGGCGACCACACCGUUGAGCACGACCUCAACUUCCAGCAAGAGCGCUACGAAUCCAAGCACGCUGUCACAUUUAAAAAUCCCAAGCCCGACCUGCUGGCUGCGUUGGGCGAGACCGGCUCCACCGGCCAGGAAAAUGGCGCCAGGCGCGCCAACGUGCCUUCCAGCAAGAAGCGCAAGGACAAGACCGUUGAUAUGGAGAAGCUGGCGGAUGGCCUGCAGAGGCUCGGUGAGGACGACUUGCUCCAGGUUGUCCAGAUGGUGCAUGACAACAAGACCAACGACACGUACACCAAGAACGACGUUGAGAACGGCGAGUUCCACGUCGAUCUCUACACCCUGCCCGACCAUCUUGUCAAGAUGCUCUGGGACUUCACGGCUACGCGGACGGAUCUGUAA